UGUCUUAACUACAUGCAAGUUGAGAAAGAAAUAAAAGGCGAUUGACCAACAACUGGGCAUCCUCUCGGUUUCUUCUGACUCAUAAGCCAUUGCUAAAGUCUAAUCCCGGAUGGAGGCUUUAUGUGUCUUUAUCCUUUGAAAUUUGAGAGUGGUUUCACGUGGAAUUUGGAGGGUGGAAGUUUUCUAUGUUCUUGAUGCUUUGAGUUGUGUGAGUUGUGGAGGCGAGGAUGCCUUGACAACUGGGUCUUUAGUUUGUUGCUCAGUUUUGCUUGUAAUCGUUGGGUAGGUGUGUGGGAGGAGUUUGGCAAUUUCGAUUUUUGAUUUGUGAGUUUGGAGGUUUGGUUCGAUGCUUUUUGUAGAUGGUUUGACUAAAUUUGGGGCGCAGAGUGCUGGAAUUUGCUGUAAGUGAGGAGAGCAUAGGUGAUUCAUCCGCACGGUGUCGUAUUUUUGUUAGUUUCUGAUCCCUUGAUGGAUACUUCUACUAUUCUUAUGGAGGAUCAAACGGAUGAAGAUUUCUUUGACAAGCUUGUUGUCGGUGAGUUUGGGAUCUCUGAUUGUUCCACAGCAGGGUUAAAGAAGGAUACUGAUUCAGAUGACACCAAUAACGGCCUACCGUUCGUUUCUUCCUUUGCUAACCUCUCCUUAAGUGAUUCUGAAAGCCUUUCAGAGGCUACUACAGAGGAGGCGGCUGUGGGAACGGCUGGGUCCUGUGAGGUUAGAAACUCAAUUGGACCAGAUGAAGAUAGUCAACCUUCAGAAGAUAGUGCUUAUAGCUUAACUAUUCAAGCCAAGAUGGAAUCUGAAGGUGCCGUAAAUGGGGUUGACUGUAAUGGUUCAGAGUCAGAUUUUUCGUUUGGUAAAGCCAGUCGACCUGCUAUGACAAGCGUGAGGGAGGUUCAGUGGAGCAGUUUCCUCACAAAAAAUGCUGAGAAUGAUCUUGGUGGGUUUGGUUCUUACUCUGAUCUUUUGACUCUUAAUGAUACAGCUGUACUGGCAGGAGAUGUGCAAGGGAGUAAGUUCCCAUCAAUAUCAUCAAAACCAGAAACUGGCUUUAUUAAUGAAAAAAAGCAUCAAGUUGACGCAACCAUGGAUGGGCAGUAUCCAUAUCAAUCUGUUGUGUCUAAUAAUUCUUACAGGUCUCAUUCUCAAAGGGAAAUAGCUGAGCAGGACUCAAGUAGGUGGGAAUCAAACUACAAAUCUGACGCUCAAUCUUACAGUACUUGUGCAGCUCAGGCAGCAGAUGAGCAGCUUGAGUAUAGUAAUGAGGAUUGGGAAAAGUUGUAUCCUGGCUGGAAAUAUGACCCUGCUAUAGGAGAAUGGCAUCAGUUAGAUGGUUACAGAGGAGAGCCACCUACUUCUCAUACUAAUAUCACGGAUAGCCUGGAGAAUUCACAAGAAAAUGGGCUUCCAAAUGCUACUGUGAGCAAUGUGCUAUUGAAUAGGACGGAAUUUUCUCAUCUUCAGCCAACAUCGCAGUCUGUUCUAGGGACCAUAGCAGAUGAAUGCAGAACUGAGGAAGUUUCCGAGCAGAACCAACCCUUUCGGGGUAAUGCUGGGUACCCUUCACAUAUGUUUUUCUAUGAACAGUAUCCAGGCUGGUAUUUUGAUACUGUUACUGAAAAAUGGCAUCAGCUUGAUGGGCAUUUUGAUCAGUCCACACAGAUGGUUGGUGGUGACUUUGAGCAGGUAUACAACCAGAAUACUUAUGGUGAUAGUGUCUCUUGUGUUAAUGCAUUGGCUGAUACAAGUUCCACCAUAUCCAAGGAAGUAAGUCAGACUGAGGAAUUUGCUAAGCAAGAACAAGGGAGUGGCUGUGCACUGUCCUUCGGUAGCUAUAUCCAUAAUGACCGUCAACCAGGUUCUUUCCAGCCAGAAGUGUGGUCUUCUGACAGGGGUUCUUCAGGUGGUGCUUCUAAAAAAAUUGCUGCUGACCAGCAAAGUAAUGAAUAUUUUCUUUCUCACGGGCGUAUGCAUGAGCCAACAGCGGAUAUGAGAUCUUAUGCAGAUCAACAGGUCACUUUUAAGAUCCCAGAAACCGAGUCCUCUUAUGGACAAGCAACCAAUAGUCAUGAAAAUAAUGCCAGCAAAGGUAGUCAUCAUAACUUGUCCUUUUCCAAGGAUGCACAUGGCUGUGAUACAUCGAAUGUCAUGCAGGGCUAUCACAACUAUCAUGGCCCUGAUUACCUUGGUGACGAGCAUAAAAAGAAACAUUUCCAAGCAGGACACUUAUCCUAUGCUUCUGUCCCUCCCAAUUCUGCUCAGGGGAGAACAUCUUCAGGUCGUCCUCUGCAUGCUUUAGUUACAUUCGGAUUUGGCGGAAAACUUGUGGUCAUGAAAGUUAAUGAUCUUUUCAACAGAAGCACCACACUUGAGAACCAGGAUGCUGCAGGUGGUAUAGUCUCAGUUCAUAACUUGAUGGAUGUCGUGGUGGUUAAAUCUGGUCUUGGAAGCUGUGAAAGCAGUAAUCAUGAUUACUUCUAUUCCUUAUGCCGGCAAUCUUUCCCUGGCCCUCUUCUUGGUGGAAAUGUUGCCAACAAGGAUGUACACAAAUGGAUUGAUGAGAGCAUUGCUUCUUGUGAAUCUCACAAUAUUGGUUAUUGCAAGAGGGAGUCCUUGCUGUUGUUAUUGUCAUUGCUAAAAAUAUCUUGUCUGCAUUAUGGAAACCUUCGGUCUCCUUUUGGUGCUGAAGCUGCUUCACAGGAAAUUGAUGGACCCGAAUCUGCUGUGACUAAGCUUUUUACAUCUUCUAGAAGGAACAACAUGCAGCUGAGUGAGUAUGGUGUUGGUGCCUGUAAACAAUGUCUGCAACCUCUGCCUUCAGAAGAACAGAUGCAGUCUACUGCAAUUGAAGUGCAAAAACUUCUUGUCGCCGGUUGCCGGUUAGAAGCUCUCCAGUGUGCACGAGAGGGUCAGUUAUGGGGUCCUGCUCUUGUCCUUGCUGGAAAGCUUGGUGACAAGUUUUAUGUUGAAACUGUGAAGCAAAUGGCCCAUCGCCAGUUUAUAUCUGGAUCACCUCUGCGGACACUAUGCUUGCUUAUAUCUGGGCAACAAGCUGAUGUAUUUUCUUCAGAAACUAUAGGUAGUCCCAGACAAGCUGCAGCACUUAGUGUCUCACAGCUUCCAGCUCAGAAUUGUGCAACUAGCAUGUUAGAUGAUUGGGAAGAGAAUUUGGCAAUUAUGCUUGCAAACCGAACAAAAGAUGAUGAGCUUGUUAUCGUUCGCCUUGGAGAUUGUCUUUGGAAAGAGACAGGCAAGGUAACUGCUGCUCAUGCCUGCUACUUAGUUGCAGAAGCAAAUUUUGAGUCAUUUUCAAACACCGCUAGGCUCUGCCUAAUUGGUGCAGACCACUGGAAAAUGCCACGAACAUAUGCUAGUCCUGAUGCUAUCCAGAGAACAGAACUGUAUGAAUAUGCAAAAGCUCUUGGCAAUUCUCAAUUUACAUUGCAAACUUUUCAGCCAUAUAAACUUGUUUAUGCCCACAUGCUAGCAGAAGUUGGAAAGGUUUCAGAAUCUUUGAGGUACUGUCAAGCAAUGCUGAAACAACUGAAAAAUGCUGGCCACACUGCUGAUGUUGAAACAUGCAAAGUUUUGACAUCUUCCUUGGAAGAGCGCCUUCGAACCCAUCAGCAGGGAGGAUACGCCUCAAACUUGGCCCCUGCAAAACUGAUGGGAAAGGUCCUUACUAGCAUUGACCGAUCAAUCCACUGCAUUAUUGGUGCACCCUUACCACCACUGCCACCAGUCACUGAGGGCAGCAUACAGAAUGGUGAAACUGAUGAUGGAUCUGCAGUUCUUAAGAUGUCAAAUGAAUCAUCAAGAACAGGUAUUACAUCACUAAUGCCGUCAUCCUCAAUGGAGCCCAUCAGUGAAUGGUCAGGUGAUAGCAACAGGGCGUCAGUACCCACUAGAAGCAUUUCAGAGCCAGCCAUUGGAAGAAGUCCAAAGCAGGGGCAGAAUGCACAAACGUCUCGAACAGAUGCACAAGGAAAAGCAUCAAGUACUGGCAGUCCAACUCGCUUGGGUCGCUUUGGUGCACACCUUCUGCAGACAGCUAUAAGCUUAGUUUCAAGGAGGCGUCAGGCCAAACUUGGGGAAAGGAACAAAUUUUAUUAUGAUGAGAAGCUUAAAAGAUGGGUAGAGGAAGGUGUUGAUCCACCAGCUGAAGCAGCUGAACUGGCACCACCUCCAACUACUGCUGCAUUUAGGAAUGAUGCAGUGAAAAGUCCAAGCUUAUCACUUGACGGCGUUAUUGAAACAAAAAAACUGCCUGCAUCUGAUAGUUCUAGCAUUCCACUGAUGCCUCCAGCGAGCAUGAACCAGUUUUCAGCACGUGGCCGGCUUGGCGUUCGUUCUAGGUAUGUUGAUACUUUCAACAAGGGUGGAGGUGUUCCAGUAUGCACGUUCCAAUCUUCUGGCCUUCCAUCUGCAAAGCCUGGUGGUGCUACUGCCAAGUUUUUCAUUCCCACUAUCGCCGCUUCUGUUGAGGUUGAUACUGUUCAUUCUGCAGAAUCUAUUGGAAGCGAAAACAAUCCAGAACCUGCUGCCAAUGAAACUUCAACAUCAUCUCCGUCAUUAUCAUCACCACCACCAUCACUAGCAUCAUCAGCAGCACAUUCCAUUCACCCCUUCCCGAGCAUGAAUGAUGUCAACGCAGCUAGCAAAGAAAUAGCUAUGCUGGACCAACAGUCUGGCCUAUCUCCGUCUCAAUCUCGUGCAGCUUCAUGGGGUGCUACCUACACCGACAACUUGUGUAAUCCAAUGAUUGGAGAGACGAGACCAUCAAUGGAUAUGUUGGGCGGUCCACCUUUCUCAUCAUCAGAACCUCCUGGCCGUUCGUUGGCAAACAAUAUGAGCAUGUCAACGAGUGUCCCUAGUUUCGGGGAAGACCUUCAAGAAGUUGAGCUUUAAGGAUUAUCAGUUGGAUAUGGUUUUUGGUAUUAGUAUAUGGCGUUCAAGCCGGAGGUUGAAUUCCCCGAUGCAGCAAAAAGGGAUUUGAUUGGUCCAGAGAAAACAAAGUGAGUGUCCUACAUGUUUAUAUGCCAUGUCCUCUUAGCGUGCUCUCUCUCUCUCUCUCUCUCUCUCUCUCUCUCUCGUUGUGUGUGUGUGAGAGAGAGAGAGGAAAGGACUCGGGGGCAUUCAACUGUUGAUCAUCAGGCCACCAUUGUACAGCCAUUUUGUUGGUUUAUUACAGACAAACUCAUAACAGGAUCAAAAGCUUCCUGAUCCAAAAAACGGAUACACAAUAAAAUUGAAAAUUGUAGAA